AUGAACAGCGACUCCGAGCCGUGGUGGGGUUGUAGGAAGCUAUGGGACGGAGUGGUGUGCUGGCCUCAUGCUCCUCGUGGGGCAACAGUUAAUGUCUCCUGCCCGGCUAUCUUCUCCCACUUCACCGCCAACACAGGGUCCGUCAGCAGGAACUGCACCCGCAGGGGCUGGUCCAAGGUCUUCCCGGCGUAUCUCUCCGCCUGCAUCGUGGACGAUGAUCUGCCCACUGAUGAGGUCUCCUACUUUGGGACGAUAAAGGUGAUCUACACAGUGGGACACUCUGCGUCUCUGCUCGUGCUCACGGCGGCUGUCAUCAUCUUACUGCUAUUCAGGAGAUUGCACUGCACGAGAAAUUACAUCCACAUCCAGCUCUUCAUCACCUUCAUCCUGCGCGGCGUCUCCGUGUUCGUUAAGGACGCUGUUCUCUUUGGCGAUGGGGACAUUGACCACUGCACGUUUUCUACGGCCGGCUGCAAGACCUCGGUGGUGUUCUGCUACUUCUGUGUCAUGGCCAAUCACUUCUGGCUGCUUGUGGAGGGGCUGUACCUCAACUCCCUCCUCCUGGCCUCCUACGCACAGCAGAAAUACUUCUGGUGGUGGAGCGUGCUUGGUUGGGGUGUGCCUGCUGUUUGCCUGACGGGUUGGGUGAUUGCAAAGUCUUGCUUCGAAGACACUGAGUGCUGGGAUGUGAUUGAAGAUUCUCCGUAUUGGUGGAUAACAAAGGCCCCAAUUGUCAUCUCCGUCAUGGUAAACUUCGUGCUCUUUUUCAAUAUCAUCAGGAUAUUGUUCCAGAAGCUUAACCCUCGGGAGAUCCACAUGGUCAACUCCUCCCAGUACAGGCGACUGGUAAAGUCCACUCUGCUCCUGAUCCCCCUAUUCGGGGUGCACUACAUCAUAUGUGCUUUCCCACCCGAUCACGUCGUCCACGCUGUCAAGCUCUACCUUGAUCUCUGCAUCGGAUCAUUUCAGGGUUUCAUAGUGGGAGUCCUGUAUUGCUUUCUCAACCAAGAGGUGCAGUCUGAAGUGCAGCGAAGAUGGCUGAGACGCCACGUGGACAGUUACGGAGCUGUCCCAGUGGUGGCCAACAGCCAGAUGGACACCCCUUGUUGAUCGAUGCCAUUCUGUGUCGCCUCAUUUCCUUCCUGUCCCCAUCAACAGAUUGGACUACACUUCCCUGCGAUUUGGAGGAACGAUCCUCACCCCAUUCCCCCACCAC